AUGGAAAGUGCAGGACCAUCCACCCACCAUAUCGCCUCCGAUGUCCAGUCGGAAAGUGCAGGACCAUCCACACAUCACAUCGCUCCCGAUGUUCCAUCGGACUCGAUGACCUCUAGAGACUAUUAUGCGGAUUCAUACGCGCAUUUUGGUAUUCACGAGGAAAUGCUCAAGGACACUGUCCGCACAGGAUCCUAUCGUAGUGCGAUCGUCAACAACGCGCACCUCUUCAAGGGUAAAACAGUCCUAGAUGUUGGUUGCGGAACUGGCAUCUUGAGUAUGUUUGCUGCAAAAGCAGGCGCUUCACAUGUAGUCGGUAUCGACAUGUCAAAUAUUAUCGAUCAAGCUCAAAAAAUUAUAGAAGCAAACGGCUUCAAAGACACCAUUACCCUUGUUAAGGGAAAACUUGAGGAAUCCCAACUUCCUAUCGAUCAAUUCGACAUCAUCAUUUCCGAGUGGAUGGGUUAUUUCCUGCUCUACGAAUCUAUGUUAGACACCGUGUUGCUUGCAAGAGACAAAUACCUCAAGCCGGGAGGAUUGAUAUUCCCCGACACCGCAAGAUUACUUUUUGCUGCCAUUGAAGAUCAGGACUACAAAGAGGAGAAGAUCAAUUUCUGGGAUAACGUGUAUGGCUUUGACUACUCGUGUAUCAAAGACAUCGCACUACGCGAACCUUUGGUGGAUACCGUUGAACUUAAAGCGGUCGUAACCGAUCCUCGUGUUAUCAAAGAAAUCAACCUCUUGACAGCGACGAAGGAGGAUCUGACUUUCACAACACCUUUUUCCCUUGUUGCUACACGGGAUGACUGUGAGUGUAACGCAUUAGGUAUAAUCGCAGCAUUCAUACGCAUUUUUAUAGACAUUCAUGCAUUCCUCGCUUGGUUCGACAUCGUCUUCGAUUGCACACAUAAGAAAGUCAAGUUCUCAACUGGUCCUCACGCGCAAUACACCCACUGGAAGCAAACAGUUUUCUACACCCCCUCUACAAUCACUGUCAAACAAGGGCAAGGAAUCACUGGCAAAGUCACUUGCGCACCGAACGCGCGGAACAACCGCGAUCUUGACAUUGCCAUUUCGUAUGCAGUUGUCAAUGGGGAAGAAGAGUCAGAAGAGACGACAGUAGAAUAUAAAAUGUGCGUGAUUCUAUUCUUUCCGCAUCUCCUUUCUCCUCCAGUCCGAUUCGUGGUAUUAAUGACUGUACGCUGA